CUGGGGGGGGGGGGGGGGGGUUCAGAGGAAGGCAAACGAACAAAGGGGCUUAAGAUCAAAGGCGCGCGAGCUGGGGGGGUUAAAAUCAAUUCUCCCCUCCCUUCGCGGGGACGGUGACGGCUGACCCCUUGCCUUCGGAGGCCGAGGUUCAGUGCCACGUGCGUCAGGCCGUCGCCGGCUGCCCAGAUUGGCCGCCGGUCAACCUUCUUACAAUGCUCCCAGACAGGGGCAUUAUCGCUCUGGUAAGCUUUUUCGCUUCCUUCUCCCCGUCUUCCUCCAGAUCUCUGGUUAUCCUUCAUGCGCUUCGCUUGGCAGGUCAGGAGCUGGGACAUCUCGCAUUGCAGGUCAGGAGACGGAACCGUGCUCGCGCAGCCCGGCUCAAGGAGCUGAAGGACCGCCAUGAGCGCGUGGAGGGCGGAGGAGAACGCCAAGUGCGCCCGUAACGCUGCCCGGAAGAAACGGAGAGGGGCGGGGGACAGGAAUGUGUCCUCAGACGAGGACCCUGAGCCGCCGCCGGGGAGCUCUGAUGAGGAUGAUGGCGAUGAUGAUGAUGAUGUCGCCGCGGGGGUGUCAUGAACAGGAGGAACAGUGGGGAAGACCCCAUCUCCGUCCGCAAGAGCUUUCCCGGGCCCGUCGGGAGGGCCCGUCUCUGGCCCUGUGCCGCCUGAGGUCGGACGAGGCGCUGGCGCCCCCUGUGACAGGGCAUCACGUCACUCCUCGCAGGGUGAUCACGGCGGGGAUCGAGCCCGCGUGCCCCCGGGGGACCGCCGCACACCCAGCGAGUGCAGCGCGUCGCGGCCCCGCAGCGACUGCAGCAGGAGGUCGCGGAGCCAGGGUUCCGCUUCUCCCGGGCCGCGGCCGUCUCAAGGGGACCGCCUGACGCUGCGUCCUCCGUGGGCGGUGCCUCCGCCGAACGUCGAGGAGUCAGGUUCUGUGACGCCUCCGCCGUCACCCUCCCCGUCCGCGACGGGAGGGAGCGGUUGGCGGGGAUUGCGCCGAGGCUGCAGCCGCGGCGGUGGGACAAGGGCGUCCCGCCGGCGUCUGGCCCCAAGAGGUCUUCGGCGUGGUCGUCGACGCCGUUGUCGUGCGCCAAGAGACCACGUAUCUUCGCGGCAGGGUGAGUGCCCCUCUUGGCUUCUGCCUUUGGUUUGCUUCGUCGUCUGACGUUUGUUGCUUCGCCUUUCAACGUCGCCACUGCCAAGGCGUUCGUUCCCGCAUCGGAGAAGUCUUUGCGCCGUGCCGACCGUGGUGUUGCCGCGCCAGUUUCGGGGGCCACGCCACGACGAGCCUCGGCGUUCCCCAAUGUCGGGGUUCCCCAGAAAUGGGACGCGGCAACUCCGGGCACGAAGGAGGUGUUGCGAAAGAGCGACAGCUCCGGUGACAGCUUCGUCCACAUCGGCGUGGUCACAUCGGGGGUGCUCCGUCACCGGAGGCGGUCGAUGAAUACACCACGGAGCUGCGGUAGGAAAUUCUUGCCCCGCCAGAGGGGGCACUUGUCGCGCCUGCAGGUCCCGUCGGCGAGGUUGCUGCUGGCGAUGGCGCCGCCACCGGGGGCCCGCCGCGUGGCGGGUCCGCGAGUCCUCCUGGGGGCGCGGCCACGUCUGAGCCUGACUCGAUCGAGGCCGUGCCAGCCGAGAGAAUCUUCCCCACCUUCGAGACCCAGGAGUUUCCGGACCCUGAGGCCUUCCUCCAAGGUGGCCGUUCGGGGGCCACUGAGGAUUCCGGUGCGGCGGAUCCGGCGCCCGCGCAGCCCUGAGUCUGUCGCAAGCCUGGUCACUACCUCUGGGUGGCCAUGAGAGGGCGCUGGUGCUGGCCCUGGGGGGCGGGGACCACAUCCGUCGGUUGGUGUUUGCCUCUCGGGAUGACCCGGGACAGGUCACGCUCGACGUCGACGUCGUGAAGGAGCUGGGCUGCGCAGGAAACUCAAUCGCCUGACGACAGAGUUCCUUCCGAUUGUCAUCGUAAGUGUCUUGGUCUGGCCUUCCCCUUCGCCCGGUCUGUGCGUCUGCUUUGUCUUCACCAACGCUUGGGUUGCUUCUGCGCAGGAGCUGUUGGCCUGCAAUGAGGCCAAGACCUGGUUUCUUCAGCAAGAAGCCGGCCACUGGGACGUCGCCACUGUCCUCAGGGCUGACCUGGUGCAGAAGGAGGUGGAGCUCGCCGUGCUUUGCUCUUCCAUCCACAAGGCUCAGACCAAUGCCGUGGCGGAGCGGGCCGAGCUAGCGGAGCGAGUGGCACGGGCGGAUGGGCAACUAAGCAUGGCCGUGUUGGAGAACGCGGUCCUUGCGUCGCAGCUGGUCGAGGCCCGCCGGAUGGGCGAAGAGACCCGGUCUACCGCCGCGUCCGCCGCACAGGAGGCUGCCCGCGAGAAGGCCGUCUUGGCGGCGCAGGCGGCGGACCGGGGUGAGGCCCUGGCGAGCUCCCGCCGCGACCUCGAGGCCGUCAGGCAACAAGUCGCCUCUCUUCAUGGCCGGCUUGUCACUGUGGCCACGGAGAGGGACCGGCUUCUGGCUAUUGCCCGCGAUCGCGAUACGGAGCUCACCGCCGCGUGCUCGGAACUUGAAGAGCUGCACUCCCGACGAGCAAAGGAUGCCGCCGUGGUGAACGAGGCCCUCACCCAGCAUGAGGAGCUGAUGGCGCUCACGCAGCGGCUCGCCGAGGGUGCAAUAGGUACGUACCGUGACUCCCCGCCUUGCUUGGCCGUGAAGGUGAUUUUUCUGUGGCGCGCCCUUCUUCUUCCUCUACCCUUUCUCAGGAAAAGUCACGGAGCUCAAGCUGUCUAGCCCGGUGGCUGACAGGAUCCGUCGAGCAAUCCUGGAGAAGGAUGUGGCCCAGCAAUUGCUUAUCCAGGCUGUCGUGCAGACGUUGGAGGCGCUCGAGGUCAGCGACGAGGGCUCGUUGGUCGAGCGUAUCGGCGGACCCCAGGGUUUGCCCGGGAGCGAGGAAUGGACAUGGCCUACCAGCUGGUCCACUGAGUGAUCACCAUGUUCGUCUUGCAAUACCCGGAGAUGCCACACGAGCUGCUAGCCGGUGGGUGGGCUCCCGGACAUGAGGACCACCGAUAUGCUGAAUUUGAAGAAGGGUCUGCCGAGUUCACCAGGGUAGUGCAAGACGAACAUGGUGACGACCACAAGCGCUCCAGGGCAGGGCAACUGGAGUGGAUGAUGCUGUGCAGUGAGGCCUCCGACAGAUAAACCACCACAAGCGAAAGUUUUUUUAGCAGUGGGAGUCGAAGCAUUUGUACCAGAUCGUCUGGUAGAUGGCACCGGGCGAAGGUGGCGGUGUGGAGAGAGGAGGAAAACCGCGAGAUGGACAACGGUGGUGUGGGCAUGAAUUCUUGGUGUGUUCGUGGUAUGAAACUUUUGUGGUAAUGGUACAACUCAAACUGCUGGAGUUUUCCGAAUUUAGAGCGUCCACCGUGCCGGGUAUGGACAACAGGUAGCGUGUCGGGAUGCAGAGGCAUUGAACGGGGCCCUGCUGGUGAGAAGAGACGAUGGCUCUGAGGGCAUGGCCAAUGGUCCACCCUGGACAGCUGCCUCACGGUUUCCACGUAAGAUACAAGCCUCCGUGGACAAGUCUGAGCAAAAAGGCAGCAGCUUGCAGAGCAAGGUGCAACUUGCAGAAGAACCAGCUGCUCCAUAGAAAAAGUGUGGUCCUUGUAGGAAAAGAACGAGAGAGAAAGAGAGUACAUGCACCCAAAUUUCCUUUACGUACUCCCAUCGAGGCUGCCAUAUGACAUCAUCCGCAUUGGAUGAAAAUUUUCUAUGCUAUAGCCUGAGUUGAUGUGGUACUUGAGACCACCACUAGGUGAUGCCUCCAUUGUACAUGCCCUGAGGAGAUCAAAUUCAGAAAGGACAGAUAUCUGACGACAGUCGAGAUUGAGGGGCGCGGUGCGCCAUAGAGAGCGCCACCGAGUUGAGAGGACUUGUGUGCGGCAGCAAUCCUUGGUGGG